AUGCUGGACGAACCGCUGUUUGGGACGCCGCUUGCGCUGGUGCCGUACGAGAUGGCAGCGCUCUGCGCAGAGCUGCAUGUCCUGCUUGAUGCCGAGCUGGAGGCGGCAGGAACCGACUAUGGACGGCAUGUGUGGGACGAUGGCUCGGCUCUGGUCAACGAGGUGAUCGAUCGCAUGCACAGCGUGGCAGCGUGUGCAGAGCCCGAACUGGAUCUGGGCUCGUAUAUGGCCCAUCACGGCCUUGAUGUCAUGUAUCCCAUCGUGGCCGACCGUCUCGGUCUUCCGCUGCCGGACUCUGAGGACCGCCACAUGCGCGACUACUUUCCGCACAUGGCCCUCCUCCACCAGAUCGUGACGCUUGCCGACCAGCUAGAGGCCGACCUCAUCCUGCCCAACCACAAGUACUACGCCCACCAGAUUGCGCUCCUCUACUCGCUCUUUGUCCAGGCGGGCAUGAAGGGCUCGCGGUUCAAGAAGCGCAUCGAGGGCAUGUUUGACGAGAUCAAGGACGUGACCGAGGGCCAGGACGUGCCGCAGCUCUCUGACGAGCUCAAGGAGACCAUUCGCGACAUGGCCUAUGACGUCCGCGACGCCAUCUCGCGCUUCCCAUCCAAGCUCACUCGCCGUCUCUCGCCCAUGCGCAAGUUCAUCACCCAGCACCCGGUCGGUGCCUUCUGA